AUGUUCUUCACCUUGCCUGGAUUUGAGCAGGACCAUGUGGAAGUGCAGAGGAUGGGAUCCGAUGUGUUAGCAAUAACGGGACAACGGCCAGUGGAUGAUGGACACAAAUGUAUCCGAUUCGAGAAGCUUAUUCGAUUCAGAGCUAUAUGCAAUCUUGGAGAAUAUCGCGAUGGUUUUGGGAAACGCGAUUUCAUCAUCACAAUUCCCAAAAUCAUCGACCCUCUUGUCCACAACAACGACAAAGAGGUGAUAGCGAAGCAGCUGCCGACCGGGGAUGCCACAACAACAGCAGAACAGCAGCGGAAGGCGCAAGUUGACUCGGGGGAGAGAUCCGUGCCGGCAGAGAUGGAGACGAGGGGAGAGAGAUCCGCCAAGGCCACGGUAGAGGAGGUCGCGGCUGGUGGAGAUCGCGCCACGACACCAUCGCUCACACCGAUGCUGCCAGAGGAAACAACGGAUGAAGGCGCGCCCGCUGCGGAGGGAGCUGGCGUCGAUGACACAUCUGUACCGCUGCAGCCUCCUGAGCGGGUCGAGAAUGGAUGGCAGGAGGAGCAACGAAGGACAGAGGAGCCCGAGUUCGCCGGGAACACCGCAACUGCAUCCGCCAUAAUGUCGCUAGAGGAGACACAACCCUUGCUGCCGAUACAGCUGAGCAGGCUGCAGUGA